CCAGCCGUACGCGGCCCUCCUUCACGCGCUCCUCAUCCCGCGCUACUCGUGGGUGUUUGGUCAUGUGGUGACGCUGAGGUUGCUUCGCCACCUGCUGCUGGAGGGGCCACUCGACGAGCGAGGGAUGGCGUAUCUCUCUAACGACGGCCCCAUGCUGGCGGCCAUUUUGCGUCUUCACCCCGUGGCAGGGGGGGUGUACGCCUUCCCGCCAAUGUUGCGCCCCCUCAUUCGCGACAUUUACGCCGUGAACCUCCUCUGCUUCGAGCCGAGCGGGAACCGGCCCCGCUCCUCCUCUUGUUCGCCUUUGGCGGCUCUCCAUGAUGCCACCGAGCACUUGUGGACGAUCGAGGGCGAGAAGCUGAGGCUCGUGGGCCAGCUGGACGCGGCGGCCAUGGAGUACGCGGAGCGGCAUGGGGCGGCGCUAAAGCGGGCUGCCAACUCGCUCAUGUUCGAGCUCGAGGUUCGCGAGCCCGAGUGCUAUGGGGUGGGGGGCUUCCUCUCGGCGCCGUCGGCAACUUAUGCCAAGCGGGUCGCAGCCGUCUCGUCGUACGAUUUCCACCCUUUGCUGUACGGGCGGCCACGGUUCGUUGAUUGGGAGGAUGAGGCGGGCCGUGGCAAAAAGGGAUCGGAGGAGCGGCUCACUCAACACUGUAGCGCCCCAAAUCCACGGUCGUCCAAGGGCCGUGCGGGGGUCUUCAUUGCUUGCUGCCAGGACCGAGCCCCUUUUGGCUACCAUUGGCUCAAGGGGGGCGAGUCGGUGUCGGACUUAGGGACCGUUUUGCUCACGAGGUUCCCGUUUCGGACGCUGCGGGGGCUCACAAUUGUGGAGGAUGCCGCGUGUAAUGGCCAAGAGUGGUUUUUGAAUCGGGUGCCGCAGCUGGCCAAGUUCAUGCUGUUUGCCGUCGAUCGCUUCCACUCGGGGCCCGUGAGUUGCGCUCCAUCGGGGGCAAAGCGCUACGCGACGCACACGUGCGCCCCAACCCUUUUUAUCGAUUCCUUUCCACAACAUCGCCAGACGAUCACGACAGCUUCGGAGGGCAUCAACUCGGGGUUGAAGAGAUGCGCGGUUAGCCUUCAGCAGAUCACGAGUAUUAAGCGGCUGCUGAGCUGA